CUGAAGCCGACGAUCAUGGAACUUGGGGAUCAGAGUCCUCUUAUCGUCCUUGAGGAUGCUGACUUGCCCAAGGCGGCCCAAGCUUGUGCCCAGGGUGCAACACUGCUUCAUGGUCAGGUAUGUUUCUCGACAGAACGCAUUAUUGUCGUUCCAUCGGUCAAAGACAAGUUCUACUCCCUUCUAGCCGAUGUCAUCGAUGCGUUGCCCUCGGCUGGUUUUGCAGUUUCCAAUACCUUUGCCGAUAAAGCAUAUGUGGCAGUCCAAGAUGCCCUAUCACGUGGAGCGAGAGUUGUUGCUGGCAGCUCCCAGUGGCUUGGUCCGGCAUCAAUGGCAUCUUCCAUAUUGGCAGAUGUCCCACGGAGGUCAAUCUUGUCAAGCCAAGAGGGCUUCGCACCUACCGCCUUUGUUGUUGAAGUCGAUAACGAUGAAGAAGCUAUUGCCAAAGCAAACUCGCGAGAGGGAGGCAUGUCGGCAGCGGUCUUUACGAGCAACCGAGAACGAGCCAUUGCCCUAGCAAAAGAUCUGGAGUUCGGAAUGGUCCAGAUCAACGACAUGACCUUGGCUAUCAAACCGACUUGUAUCAAGGGUAGUGGAUGGGGUUGUGCUGGUGGGAAAUAUGGCAUCGAAGAAUUUGUUCACUGCAAGGCUAUCACAUUUGUAGAUUAA